CUUCGUUUUACAAUCGAUCGGUGCCUGGCUUCGAAUUGUCGCACCACCCUAUCAGACGCGACGACACCAGGCGCCAUCCGAGCACGAGAACGAGCUCAUCUUCGCCUUGUUUGUUUACUUCUCAUCUCCGUGACAAUCAAACUUCAAGCUUCUCUCCUCCCUACCCCCACGCUCUCAUUCGACUUCUCUCUCCAUCUCGACCGCGGCACGUGCUGAGAAAUUCCGGCGUGUCGUUGCGUGUGCGUUGCUCGUGUGCGACUGUCGCUGCCAUGAGUUCACGUGACCGAUCGCCGGCGCCUUCAAUCGACUCCAUGCAACUGGAAGACGUCGAAUUGGGCGAGAAGGGAAGCGAGGAAAAGCGGCACGACCGUCCGAUCGUACGCUCGUUUCUCACCAACGAGAAGGGAAGGAGAGUAAAGCUUAAGAGACGCUCGUCGUUGGAGAAUUUCGGGCGACUCGGGCUGUUGACGCCCGCACUUGCGCUGACGCCUAACGUCGAUGAGCAAGACGAACUAACACAGUCAUUCACCGAACUACAAGGUGGCAAGAGAGAGCUAAUCCUUGCAGCUGCCCACAUUGAUGAUGCACUGAAGGGACGGGGAAGGUAUGGAAAGGCAAGAGUAAUGUUCAAGCCAAAGUUUGCUCAGCAAUGUUUUGCCAUUACCAACAAUAUCUGGUUUCAACGUCUCAUGUACAUUGUGAUUAUUCUUCACUCGUCUCUUGUCUUUGUUGAACCUCCUUCAAAAGAUAGCGUGUUAGGGUGGGUUCUUGCUCUCAAUUUUGUAUGUUUGAUGUUUUAUGUCGUUGAUGUGGCUCUUACCAUCGCGUUUAUGAAUUGGACAGUCUUUUGGAUGUUGGAUGAAAAUGCACUGAACAGAGGAGAAUUUAUCUUCCUGAUUCUUUUCACCAUUGAUUUUAUCUUACUUGUAGCACAAGCCAUCAGUGAUAAGUACAUUGUGCAGCCAUUCAGGCUAUUGAGAGCAGCCAUGUUGAUUUUCAAGGCAAAAAAUGUCGCUCAUAUUUACAGAGUAUUGAAAUCAAUUGUUUUGAAGUUGGGAAAAGUGUUUGUGGCUAUUGGAUUAUUUAUAAUAAUGUUUGCUGCUGUUGGAGUUCACGUUUUUAUGGACGACUAUCAGUGUGACCAAGUCACCUCAGACAUAUUGGAUUGUAACAAGACAAGCAAUCAAACAUUGUCUGGCCAAGUAUACAAAGGAGCAUUUGACAACGUUGGUAUUGCCGCUCUUCGACUCUUUGUCUUGAUAACAACAGAAAACUAUCCGAGUCUUAUUUUUCCAACCUACUUGAGACGAGCGAGAAGCUGGUUCUUCUUUGGAGCUUUCAUUUACAUUGGAGUUUUUAUUCUCACGGCAAUUCUCUUGGCUAUCAUCGUUGAGGCAUAUUGGUUGUAUUUUAAGAUUACGGUCAAGGAAGAGAGGUAUAGAGAGCGGGAAGAGCUGGCAAAAGCUUGGAAUUUACUUGAUCCACUUGCAAAUGGUGACCUUCCAGUUGAAGAUCCCAAGUUCUUGUCGUUAUUCAGAAUACUAAAGCCAAAUCACACAGAUGAGGAGAACCGUCAACUCAUUCAACUGAUUGACACAGAGGAAGAUGGAUUUAUUGAUUCGUAUCAAUGGACGACUCAACUUCGAGACGUUAUGGAGGCAAAGUUUGAACACUGUGGAAGAUACCUAUUUCCUGCAGCUCUUGAUUCUUUAAUAUUGUUGGCCAGUCGUCUUGUCAGUUCACCUCGUUUCCAUCGAGUAACAGUGCUGUUGAUAGCUACACAUGCCAUCUUGUUUUGUAUGAAGUGGAAAGGCAUGUCAGAUAAUGCAGAUAAGACAAUACAAGCAUUGAAAACUGUGAUUGUGAGCCUCUUUUGUGUCGAAAUCUUGCUACGGAGUCUGACAUGGACAACGGCCAUCAUCCACGACUAUUUUGAACUGAUUGAUAGUUCACUGGUGUUUGUGGCAUUGAUGUGUAACGCAUUGGCGUAUCCAGUGUCAGAUAUGGAGACAGAGAGAGUGCUUACAGUGGCUUCAGGAAUCUGUGUUAUGGGCAGACUUGCACUCAAUCCACCAGAGUGGAAACGGUCGGUUUCAAAAGUGUUGACAAGUUUCGUUCCUGUUAUGUGGGAUCUUGUCAUUCUCUACCUCAUCGUAUUAUUUAUGUUUGGUGUUAUUGGAAUGGAAGCAUUUCAUAACGUUGACCCUCAUGAGACUGUGGUAAAUGAGUAUGUUCACUACAACUACCAAUGCAAGCUUGGAUUCAUUGACUUUCGAUGUUCUCUUUUGAUGGUAUUUCAACUCACAACAUCCAGCAACUGGCAUGAACUUAUGAAUGCUACAAUGUUGUCAGCCGGAGAUGCUGCUGCUCUCUAUUUUGUUGUCAGCUUUAUCUUUAUCAACCUAAGUGUGAUGAACUUAUUUGUUGCCAUUGCUAUCGAAGCUUUCCAGAAGUAUGGAAACAGAGACACCAGGAAGAUUGAUACAGAUGAUCUCACGUGGAGAGAGAAAGUGAAGAGAUGGAUAGAUGCUCUUCUUGGAUCAUCGAAGCCUGAGAAGCAGGGCAAAGAUGAAGAUGGAACUGAUUUGAAAAUACGAAGUCCAAGCACUUUGCCACGUAGCAGACAGGGCUCACUGAGACGUUCUGUUGACAUGCGAGAUACCAAUGGAGCUGCUGUAGUUAUUGAACCAGCCACAAGUGAUGGAGAAAUGUCUGAUGAUGUGUACACAGGACUGACUGUUGAUAAACGACGUGAGGUGAAAAUGAAGCGGAAAAUGAAGAAGAGGAAGAGAGCCCAUCGAUUGGCACAGAAAGGUUUAAUGGUAGUGAGGGUCAUGAUGGCGUUUAGGAAGACGAAAGACAGUGAAAUAUCACUAGAGCAAGGGGAGGAGGUUGUUGUUGUUGACAAGGUGGAGGAGUGGAUGAAGGGAAACAAGGACGAUGGCAGCACAGGAUGGUUUCCUUCUUCUCAUGUCUGUCAACUAAACCAGGAUUCUGUUCGUCAGCCGUCUGCAAAUGGAUCAAGAGCACAACCAGUAUCUACAGCCAUGAAUGGAGAGACAGUGAAAAGCAAAUCAUCAGAUAUAAACACGACAAACACACCAAAUAACAACUCGUCUUUAUUUUCUAAUCACAUCCCACUUCCUGGUCAGAGUGUUGAGAGUGCUAAGCCUGUCACAAAGGUCUCGGAUAUGGCUGCGGUAUCAACAUCAACAUUUUCAACUCAAAAUUCAGUAACACCUCAACUUGCCUCUCACACAUCCAAGCCGAAGCUUGUUAUGGGCAAGGGGGGAGACUGGAGACGAACAAUACAAGACAUGACAGUGAUGAACCCAGAAGAGAUGCAUCGUCUCAACAAGCUGCUGAAGAAAGACAUGAAGGCGAGUCGUAUUGCUCGUCGAGGAGCAAGGGGUAAUCAAGUUGCACCUGUUGCUGUGACGUCAUCAUUAGAAACGUCUCUUCUGGAAGUGGUGGAGGAAGCAACGACAUCACAAUCUCAUUCACUACAUCCAGCUAAUCAACUCAGAUCACCUGCUACCGUUUCUAUGCCAUCAAUGAGACAACCUGCCAUCUCUGUCGAAGCAAUUGAAGAGAGUGCAGAAGAGCUACCAGACAGUACAGUCACGCAAACGUCUGUCACAAGCAAUACUCUGACAGUUCCUGGAAUGGCUGCAGAAUCCAAACCAAAGAAACAGACUCCAGCAGGAGGAGAGAUGCCUGAUUGGGUGAAGAAAUUUCAAAUGGAGCAUUCAGUUGUAGUUCAUGAAGAUGGAGUGAGAAAGGGAGAGAAGUCGGAUAGCUCUCCUGGUGGUUCUCCGUCUAUCAGUAGGAAAAAUAGUGACACAUCAAAUCGGUCUUCCUCUCCUGUCAUUGUGGUCACGUGACGUUUGUUUCACGGAUCACGUGAUAUUUAACCAUCUGGAUUUAAUUCUAGAUACUUUUAUUUGUUUAAGAGAUGUUUUGUAUUAUGAAAUGUAGAGUAGAAUGUAAAUAGUAAACAAUGAUAUAGAAUACUUAGUAACAGUCGGAGUUGCAAGUGCAUUUUCGGAUAGGCUAGAGGGAUGAUAGAAAUAUUAAUAUUGAUACAAACCUUUUGUGUUGUAAGACAUCACA